AUGGCUUCCAAAAACUGUGACACCCAGCUUCCCUUCAUUUGCUAUGGGGGCAACCUGGUCCUGAUAGAGGAGAACAAGACCUGGGAGGAGGCGCUGGAACACUGCCGAGCCCUUAGUUAUGACUUGGUCAGCGUGCAGCGAGAAGACUACAACAUCCUCAUGGAGGUAGUCUCAGGGGCCAACACUGAGGAGGUGUGGACAGGGCUGCGAUUCCUGGCUGGUAAAUGGCUGUGGGUGAACGGAGCAGAUAUGAUGUACUCUGACCUGCCCCUCUGCCCCGGCAUGGUGCAGCGCUGUGGAGUCUUAACCAAGACUGGCACCGGCAGACUAGAGACCAGAGACUGCUCAGAGAGAAAAAACUUUCUUUGUUAUAUAAAGUAGGCCUCCUGACAUCACUGCUUGUGUCUUGCAGCUUCCAUCAACCAUUUUAA